AUGUCAUCAGGGCCGUUAGCACCUUCUCCAACAGAAGGACCAGCAUUGCAGCCGGAGAAUAAUUCUAAUCCUCAACGUUACACAUAUAGGUCUGGUGCUGUCUAUGAGGGUACCUUUGAUGGAACUAAGCGACAUGGCCGGGGCCAUUGGCGUCAUCCUGGCGGUGAAACAUAUGAGGGCGAGUACGUAAAUAACAAGCAAGAGGGUCUUGGUGUGUACUUGUUCACAGAGUCUGGUAAAUGUUAUUUGGGUCGAUGGAAGGAAGGUGAAAUGGAUGGAGAAGGGGUGUAUUAUUUUAACCAUGACCACAAUAUAUUCUAUGUUGGCGGCUACGCACAUGAUAAAAAGAAUGGUAACGGUUUUUACUGUUACGAAAACGGAAUUGUUACUUCGCAAGUGUGGGAUAAUGGGGUUUUACAAACAGAGACGGAGGCAACACCGCUGCAGCGUGUAGAGUGUGCAAUGAUGGUGGAAUCCAUCACUUCCGCCGUGCGUGCGGUAGCGCCGAAUGUAUUGGGCGUGCAGCCGCCGCCUUCUGAAGUGCGUACAUUUCAGUUCCCGUCUGGAGCUACUUAUACUGGUCAAUACUACGGUACGAAGAAACACGGUGUUGGUUAUUGGGUCCACCCAGAGGGAGACAGUUAUGAUGGACAGUUUGAAUCCAACAAACACAGUGGAUGGGGUGUCUAUGUUAUUGGACGAAGUGGAAAGAAGUAUGUGGGACACUGGGGUGAUGGUAAGAUGAAUGGAGUGGGGGUGUACUUUUUUAACCCACAAGAAACAGAGUACUUUAUUGGAUCCUAUAAGAAUGAUGUGAAACAUGGACGUGGACUUUACCACUUUGCAGAGAGCGGGAGUAAUAGGCUUCAACUGUGGGAAAAUGGUAGUAUUAGAGAUGAGGUAGAUGCAGAUGAGACUGUGGUGCAGCAAUAUCACGCAGCUAUGCAAAAGAUUAUUGAAAUUGUUAGGUCUUUUGCCCCACGGUAUGAACCUAUCUGCGCAAAGUAA